UGUCCUGGACAGCCCCGGCAGGCUGGACGAGGAGCACAGGCUGAUCGCCAGAUACGCCGCCCGGCUGGCUGCCGAAGCUGGAAAUGCACCUCGCCCACCAACAGACCUGAGUUUCAGCUUUGAUGCCAAUAAACAACAGAGACAGCUGAUAGCAGAACUGGAAAACAAAAACAGAGAGAUACUCCAAGAAAUUCAGCGUCUCAGGCUGGAACACGAACAAGCCUCUCAGCCCACCCCUGAGAAAGCCCAGCAGAACCCAACUUUAUUGGCCGAACUCAGGCUUCUACGACAGAGAAAGGAUGAAUUGGAACAGAGAAUGUCUGCGCUUCAAGAAAGCAGAAGAGAACUGAUGGUGCAGCUCGAAGGGCUGAUGAAACUGCUCAAAGUGACGGCAGCCCGAGCGGUUUUCUUGCACGCGUUUGAGGAGCCUCUUGGUGACAAAAUCAGUUUGGAUAUCUGCUUUAGCGUGGUGACGAGCUCGG